AUCUGGCACUGAUUAUCCCUGCUGCUGCUGCUGCCGCUGCUAAACUCAGCUGCUGCCUCUGUCUGGAAGACCCCAGCGCCUCUCCCCCCAGCCAUGCUGCCUGCUGCCACAGCCUCCCUCUUGGGGCCCCUCCUCACUGCCUGGGCCCUGCUGCCUUUCGCCCAGGGCCAGACCCCCAACUUCACCAGACCGGUGUUCCUGUGCGGAGGGGAUGUGACUGGGGAGUCAGGUUACGUGGCAAGUGAGGGUUUUCCCAACCUCUACCCCCCCAAUAAGGAGUGCAUCUGGACAAUAACGGUCCCCGAAGGCCAGACUGUGUCCCUUUCAUUCCGAGUCUUCGACAUGGAGCUGCACCCCGCCUGCCGUUAUGAUGCUCUGGAGGUCUUUGCCGGGUCUGGAACCUCUGGCCAGCGGCUCGGACGCUUCUGUGGGACCUUCCGGCCGGCGCCCUUAGUCGCCCCUGGCAACCAGGUGACCCUAAGGAUGACAGCCGAUGAGGGCACAGGAGGACGAGGCUUCCUGCUCUGGUACAGCGGGCGGGCCACUUCAGGCACUGAGCACCAAUUUUGCGGGGGGCGGCUGGAGAAAGCCCAGGGAACCCUGACCACGCCCAACUGGCCUGAGUCCGAUUACCCCCCGGGCAUCAGCUGUUCCUGGCACAUCAUCGCGCCCCAGGACCAGGUGAUCUCACUGACCUUCGGGAAGUUUGACCUGGAGCCCGACACAUACUGCCGCUACGACUCGGUCAGCGUCUUCAACGGAGCCGUGAGCGAUGACUCCAAGAGGCUGGGGAAGUUCUGCGGCGACGCAGCCCCGGGUCCCAUCUCCUCCGAAGGAAAUGAGCUCCUCGUCCAGUUCGUCUCAGACCUCAGCGUCACAGCCGAUGGCUUCUCAGCCUCCUACAGAACCGUGCCGCGGGACGCCGCCAAAGAAGUGCCCGCCCAGAGUCCAGGGGAGGAUGCCCGGCCAGAUCCCCAGCUCCUUGGCCCCGGCCCCAAGCCGGGAACCCGGCCCAAAGUGAAGCCUGAAUCCCCACCUACUGAGAAAACGAAAGCCUCCCCUAAAGCCGAGGCAACCCCUGUGGGCCCCAAUGCACCCAGUGUCACCUGCCCAAAGCAGUGCCGGCGGACAGGCACCUUGCAGAGCAACUUCUGUACCAGCAACCUGGUGGUGACCGCAACAGUGAAGUCCAUGGUCCGGGGUCCAGGGGAGGGCCUCACUGUCACUGUCAGUCUCAUUGGUGCUUACAAAACUGGAGGCCUGGACCUGCCCUCUCCACCUACUGACACUUCCCUGAAGUUUUAUGUACCCUGCAAGCAGUGCCCUCCCAUGAAGAAAGGAGCCAGUUAUCUGCUGAUGGGACAGGUAGAAGAGAACAGAGGUCCCAUCCUUCCUCCAGAGAGCUUUGUGGUCCUCUACCGGCCCAACCAGGACCAGAUCCUCACCAACCUCAGCAAGAGAAGGUGCCCUUCCCAGCCUGUUCCGGCUGCUGGGCCCCAGACCUGAGACUCAGGUCAGCCUCCAGCCCCUGGCCCUAGGGAUCACUUUUUUAUCCAAAUAAAUAUUCCUUGACUGAGGAAGGGAUCACAUCUCCA